AUGGGGCCACCACCAGAGCCAGCCUUCUCAACUGCGGAAGAGUCCAUCCAGAGCUUCCAGCAGGCAAACUUCGACGUGCCAUUGAUGAGGAAAUGGCAUUGGCUCCUCCACUUGCCAGAUAUUCUCCAACGGCUCCAGAAAACCGCCGCCUUCGAGAUCCACUUGCUCAACCAGGUGCUCGCAACGGAGAUCACCACUUUGAAACAGCUGCAAUUCCUCAACCAGUUUGUGGAAUGCUCAGCAAGUGAAGCCAUGGUUGCUUCCAUCGCGAGGCUCGCAAGGGGCGGUGCCAUCCAUGCCAACGACGUCGUGGUGUUCCACCAGGAAGACGGAAGAUGGGACAUGGGCCAAGUGCUUUUCCAUUUGGAGCUUGGAGGCGACAAAGCCACACACGUCCAACGUUGGAGGCCAACAGAGACACAGAAGACAAAACAGUUCGCCAAGUGCCCCAUCACCAACGAGCAAGGCUUCGUGUCCAUGGACUCCUUGCUGUACCCACUGGUGUACAGCAAAACCACAGAGAGCGAGGCCACUGUGCUGCUACCGUACCAGCUGUACCACAGGAUUCCAAGUACUCGCCGCCAUGCCACCACUCCCUGGAAGGGUGACAGAGUAGUGCUCGUCGCCUACACUGUCAACACGUUAGGCAAACAGCUUGAGGACGAGUAUCAAAGGCGAACGCAGUCUGAGCACGCCCUGCUGGCUUGCCAACCAGACACCGAGACACAGAUUGAGGAGGAGGUGGGCCCAACCGAAGACUCCUUGCCGGAGCAACCUGUGCUGUGGGAGCUGUGGGCUCCAGACCCGCAGACAGGUGAGCAGCUGUGUGUUCUCCGGUCUGACCGAUCGGACACGAGUGAAGCGCGUGCCAUUUGCAAGUCUGAGCCGGUUUACACUACCAACGUGGAGCUGCUCGCUUGGUUGCUUGUGGCAACCACGCCCCAGGCACGGGUUCCGAAGUCCACGCUUCAGGUGCUGCUGCAGAGCAGUAAAGAGGUGAUCGCAGCCUUGGCUACAGCCAUCCUUGCCUACACUGAAACCCAAGCGGUGGGCACUGAGACCUUGGCGCAGCAAGACCUGCAGCUGAGUGCCUUCGCUGUCCUACUCGCUUUCUUUCAGGUCGUAAGUGCUGCCAGCCAGACAACGGAAGAGGAAGAGGACUUGUCUCUCCCCGUGUCGCUUGAUGCAGAUAUGAUGUUGGCAGUAUCCAUCAUCUGCAUUGGUAUCUGCUUCAUUGCAGUGUGGGUGUUCUUCAAAUGGUGCCUUCAAGGCGUCAUCUCCCGCCGAUAG